AUGAAUCAUAGAAACAUUUGGAUCAUUAUCUUUAUUAGUUUACAAUUAUUAUCAUUAAAACGUAUAAAAUCUGAAGAGAAUAGCAACAACAACAAUGGAAGUACUGAAGAAAAUGGAGACCAUAAUGAUAGUUCCCCUAAUCCAGUAGUAUUCCAUGGAAACUCUACUCAUGAUGAACUUUAUGAAUAUGAACUUUUGAAUCAAGCAUCUAAUGAAAUGAAAGAAGAAUUGCGUAAAGAACUUCAACAACUUCAACAAAUAUUAGAUGAAUUAACUAGAAAAUUAAAACCAAUUCCCAAUUCAGCAAAUACAUAUAUGAUGAAUAUAUUAUUCAUGAGUAUUUGUAUAAUUUCAUUGAAUCUAUUUAUAUAUGUAUAA